AUGUCUCGCUUUCUAGGCCGUCGCUACGCCGGCUGCUGGCUCCGCCAAGCGCCCUCUGCCGCCAGACGCUGCUAUUCUGCACCAGUGUCCGCCUUUGACUGGCAGGAUCCGCUCGCCUCCAAGACCCUGCUUACGGACGAGGAGCAGGCCAUUUCAGAGACAGCCGAGCGCUACUGCCAGGAAAAGCUGGCGCCGCGCGUUCUGGCAAGCCGUGUUAAUGCGUCCGAAGAGGCCUAUCGAAACGAGCACUACGACAAGGCGAUCCUGCAGGAGAUGGGCCAGCUGGGCCUUCUGGGUGCCACGAUCCAGGGCUACGGCUGUGCGGGCGUGUCGACGGUGGCGGGAGCACUGAUCACGCGGGCGGUCGAGCGCGUCGACUCGGGCUACCGGUCCGGCAUGAGCGUGCAGUCAAGCCUGGCCAUGGGCGGGAUCUACGAGUUCGGCAGUGAGGAGCAGAAGGAGCGGUUCCUGCCGGCGAUGGCGCGUGGCGAGCUGCUGGGGGCAUUUGGGCUGACGGAGCCGAAUCACGGCAGCGAUCCGGGCUCGCUGGAGACGACGGCGACGGCAGAUCCGACACGACCGGGCUACUAUCAGCUCAGCGGCUCCAAGACCUGGAUCACCAACAGCCCGAUCGCGGACGUGCUGCUGGUGUGGGCCAAGCUGGCCGACCCGACCUCGGGCAAGCUCGGAGCUGACGGCAAGCCCAAGAAGACGAUCCGCGGCUUCCUGGUCGAGCGCAAGGACUGCCCGCCCGGCACGCUGGAGACGCCCAAAAUCGCGAACAAGACCGGCCUGCGGGCCAGCAUCACCGGCAUGAUCCACCUCGACCGCUGCCCCGUGCCGGCCGCCAACCUGCUGCCGCACGGCGAGGGUCUCCGUGGACCCUUUACCUGCCUCAACCACGCCCGUUAUGGCAUCGCGCUCGGCGUCAUGGGCGCGCUCGAGGACUGCAUCGCGCGCGCCCGCACCUACGCCCUCGAGCGCACCCAGUUCCGCGGCAACCCGCUGGCCCGCUACCAGCUGGUCCAGAAAAAGCUCGCCGAUGCUGCCACUGAUGCCGCCUACGGCACCCUCGCCGCCAUCCAGGUUGGCCGCGCCAAGGAUGCCGCCACCGGCGCCAGCGCCUCGGCCGUACCCGACAUGAUCAGCAUGGUCAAGCGCCAGAACUGCGACCGCGCCCUGCAGGGAGCCCGCGUCCUGCAGGAGAUCUUUGGCGGUAACGCCGUCAGCGACGAAUACGCCAUCGGCCGCCACGUCGCCAACCUCUACGUCACCCAGACGUACGAGGGCCAGAGCGACAUCCACAGUCUCAUCAUCGGCCGUGCCAUCACGGGCGUGCAGGCAUUUGCUUAA